GCAGCAGCACUAGAGCAAAGCGAGCGCAGCCCCCAAGCCCUACUACCGCCACCACUCCAGCCAUGGCCGACCCGGCGGAGCACCGCGCGGCGGCGGAGGAGGAGGAGGCCACGGCGGCGGGCGAGGAGGAGGACACCGGCGCCCAGAUCGCGCCCAUCGUGAAGCUCGAGGAGGUCGCCAUCACCACCGGCGAGGAGGACGAGGAGAUCCUCCUCGACAUGAAAGCGAAGCUCUACAGAUUCGACAAGGACGGGAGCCAGUGGAAGGAGCGGGGCACGGGCGCCGUCAAGCUGCUCAAGCACAAGGAGACCGCCAAGGUCCGCCUCGUCAUGCGGCAGGCCAAGACGCUCAAGAUCUGCGCCAAUCACCUCGUGGUGGCGUCGAUCAAGAUGCAGGAGCACGCCGGGAGCGACAAGUCGUGCGUGUGGCACGCUCUGGAUUUCGCCGACGGGGAGCUCAAGGAGGAGAUGUUCGCCAUCCGCUUUGGAUCCGUUGAGAACUGCAAGAAAUUCAAGGAUCUUGUAGACCAGAUCGCCGAGGAACAAGGAAAGAAUGAGGAGAAAGAGAGUGAGGAAGCCUCCUCGGCUGCCGAGUUGGUAGAGAAGUUGACGGUGACUGAGGAGAAAAAGGAGGAACCUGUGGAGAAAAAGGAGACCCCCGCAGCAGUAGAUGAUACCAAGGACGCUAAAGAGUGAAGCGCCUGCCCGGCUGCUAUUCCACCCUAUACUCGAACAAGUGAACUGUCAAAUGAGUGUCAUUCGAUUCAUUUCGUUGUCAGAGUUCGGUCUUCCUUCCACAAAUUUUCAUUGUGUUUUUCUCUGGUGAAAUGUUUGUGCUAGGCAAAGUUUGAUUUGCGUCGGUCAUCUGGUUUUCUUGGUUAAUAGACAAAGUCAUUCAAGCCUUUGUGUUUCUGGAUGGUGGUGUGGCUGGGGUCUGUGUGUAUGUACAAUUAUUUGGAGUCGCUUCUGGAAAUGGAUACCGGCUGAGUUGUCUGA